CGAUUACUAUUUUCUUAUUAUUUAUUUCAUUUUUGUGACAUAGAAACUUAAUUAGCAAAUCAUUUAUUAGUCACUUUAUCCAACACUUUAGUUACAUCAUCUAUAUAUAGAUUCAAUAUUUUUAUUUUUUGUAUAAUAUAAUAAUUGAAAUACAUUAUUUACAUAAUCGGAUAAUUACUAAUAAAAUACUUAAAAAAAUAUAGUUUAGGUUACUCAAUUUAUUUUAUAUUUUUGAACAAUGUCUAUGCCCGUUUUUCCUGCUAAUGCACCUCAAGUUCCUCAAGCCAUGCAACAAGUACAGCAACAACAACAACAGCAACAGCAACAACAACAGCAACAACAACAGCAACAGCAACAAGAAAAAUUAGACAAUAUAUCAAAAGUCAAAACUCAAGUGGUUCAACUCAAAGAAUCAUUAAGCUGUGUAUUACGAGCAGCUUCAUAUACUCUACAACAAAAUCAUUACAUAGAUACAGGAUUACUGAAAACUGUUGAUAUGCCUAGUCCACGGUUUGAAAAAGCUAUUGAAGAAUUUUUCUCAAUUUGUGAUCAAAUUGAAUACAACCUUAAAACUGCCAUUGAAUGUCAACAACAAGGUCUAAGCAGUCAACGUUAUAUACCAUUGAUGGUAUAUCCAACAAGAACAGAACCAUUACCAGCUCAGGAAUUAAGUUCACUUACUUAUCCUCAAUAUUUAAGCACAGUUCGGUCACAAAUUUCUUAUCUAAAAGAAGUUCAAGAGUUACUUUUAUCUGCAUCUCAAAAUAAUUCUAGUGAAUAAUAAAGAAAAACUGUAUAUUUUAAUAGCAUAAAUGUAUAAUGUAUAAUCUAUAAUAUAAGAAUUUGUAAUAAU